AUGCAAAACCAUCCACCGAUAAAUCUAGGGGUAUCUCUACCUUCUGAAGACAUCUUGUCCAGUCACACAGUUGAGGCUUAUACAGGAGAGUUACAAUGCUCAAUGUGGUGUUCAAGGACGACAGGCUGUGCUGGUUUUUAUUUUGUUGCCGAUGGUUCUGAAUACUUUCACAAUUGCCAACUGACUAAGGAAAGCGAGAAAAGCGACGAAGACAAAGCUAAUAGAGGAAUUUGGACUCUUUUUUCUAAAAUAAAAAUGAAGAGCGUAAGUGACCUUUACCCAGCAAAGGAUUGUCAUGAGCUUUACAAGAAAGGUGAAAGAACAAGUGGCGUUUACAAUAUUGAUCCAGAUAGCCAGGGCAAUUUCAGUGUUUUCUGUGAAAUGACAAGAUCUGAUGGUGGUUGGACUGUGUUUCAACGUCGUCAAGAUGGAAGUGUAGACUUUUAUCGAGAUUGGAAGGAUUAUAAGAAUGGUUUUGGUGAUCUGAAAGGCGAAUUCUGGCUUGGAUUAGAUAAAAUACACCGACUGACAACAGCAAUGCAAACUAAACUUCGUAUAUUUAUCAAGGGUUUGCCAACACUUUUAGCUCCUCAUCCUGAACACACUGUUGAGUACGACAACUUCGUCGUCAAGAAUGAAAUCAUGAAGUAUGAAUUGAGUAUUGGACGAUUCUCAGGUAAUGUAAAAGUAAACAAGACGUAUAAUUAG